GUGUGUGUGUUGGAGAAGUGAAUUGAAAGGUGACAGUGGGACAUGCUGUCAUUGAGCUGUAUAGAUUUGUGGCCCAAGGGCUCAGUGGGGCUGGAGGAAAAAGUAGCCAGUCCUGCUACAAAGGACCUAAUCGAAAGCAGCGGUUUCAACAACAGCAGUACUGACAACCUGGAUGACAGUCUGACCAGUCUGCAGUGGUUGCAAGAGUUCUCUAUCCUUAGUGACAGUGGAAGGCAACAAUUGAUUUCUACUAGCCAACAUCAGAGCAAACUCUUUGAGCAGCAGCUGGGUGGAGAAGCUCCUGCAUCUCCUCUAGCAGGCGACCUUGCCUCCAUAGGCAUGCCACUGACCCCUGGUAAGCCCAUAGCAACAGCAGUUCCUGCCCUGUGCACUCUGCCCAGCUUGGUUGCACAUGGACACUGCCCAGAUGAGGUUGACUACAAGACAAACCCUCACGUCAAGCCACCAUACUCAUAUGCCACCCUAAUUUGCAUGGCUAUGCAGGCAAGCAAGAAAAGCAAAAUCACACUCUCCUGUAUCUAUAAAUGGAUCACUGACAACUUCUGCUACUUCCGCCAUGCUGACCCCACCUGGCAGAAUUCCAUCCGUCACAAUCUCUCACUGAAUAAAUGCUUCAUAAAAGUUCCAAGGCAGAAGGAUGAGCCUGGAAAGGGUGGCUUCUGGAAGAUUGAUCCGGAAUAUGCUGAACGUCUUCUGACUGGGGCUUAUAAGAAGCGAAGGAUGCCUCCAGUACAGAUUAACCCAGCUUUUAAAAAUCAACUCAGAAUGAUCUCACAGCCAGUUACUACUGUGCCAACAGAUGUCACGGGUUUUCUCCAUGUUGAUCCUGAGUCACAGCAGCUCUUAGAAGAAUUUGAGGAAGUCACUGGACUUGACCAGAACUGGGACCCUCGCCUAGCAGAAACCACUUUAUCUGAUUGCUGGAGCGCAGUAAAAGGCCACAAAAGAAAACAGCCAUAUGGCCACCGGGCUGGAAGUGCCAAAGCUCUGUGCCGCUCAAGCUCCCCACUGCUGGCCAUGGAGGAACCAAAGGUUCUGGGAUCUCUUAAGGGUAAUUUUGACUGGGAUGCUCUGCUAAAUUCAGCCCUAAAUGGGGAUUUGAGCCUGAAUGAGUGUGGUCCUCUGAGCCCAAUACCACAAGAUCAGAACCUCAUGGUACAUGGCAUUCAUGUUAACUCCCUGGAGGCCUCUGUCAAUACUACAGAAAGUAACAUGCUAAUAGAAACACAAAAGGACCGUGAUGUAGACCUUGACAAAGAGACAUUCUUAGCCACAGAAUUUUUACAGAGUCCUUGGACAGAAGAAGAAGCGGGGAACCAUCCUGAUUUUCUUUCUAUGUCUACUGUUAACAUCAAUCAACUCUUUGAUCUGGGAGGCUCACUCAGCGAUGAUAUUGACAGUAAAAUUGAAUCUCUUCUCUGAACAGUUCAUCAGUAUCUAUUGAGACAGAUAAUGUCUAACCAAUACCAUUGAAAUAGUAUGAAUGGAGAGAGCUGUUUUAUCCCAAAGAGUAUAAACUUUGGUUCCAUAGCAUUUCCAUUUAAAUUUUAUUUUUAUCAAUUGCAUUUUUUUUGUUUGUUUGUUUAUUGGCAAGUGAUUUAUCUAAAAGCCACUGAUCAAAAACUGCCACAACAGUGGGUUCUUCUAAAAGAACUAAAAUCUAAUUCUUCAUGACUUCAGGACUGUGAAACCAGAACUGGACAACAAUGAAAUUACAGACAAAAACAGUGCAUAAAUGAAUGGGAAAAAUUUAAUCUUCAUUUUUUUUUUGUGUUUGUUUACAGUGUAGAUGUUCAUUUUAACUAAUUGCAAUGAAAAUUAAGCAAUAAAUACUUAUUUGUAGCAUCUACAAAUUACAAGAAGUUAUAAAGGUAAUCAUUUAUUGCAAUUGAGGUACCUGCUUGGAAGGAACAAAAUAAAAUAUGCAAAUAAAUAUAUACCACAGUGAUAAUACUGGACUCCUAGAUAUGCCUAGCUGUGCGGUUGCAUAUUCUGAAACUGUUUUCAUUCACAUUACAACAGAAAAGGUGGAUGCAGUCUUUUCAUGUCAUAUACUAACAAUAAAAUUGUACAUUAACAAUAAUAUGUAUUAGAAUGGCACGCUAAAAUGUGAUUAAGAUAGGAUAGUUUAAUUACUUUAUAAUGUUUAAAAUUGCCAGACCCCGCUGGUUAUAAUUAAACUUUUUUUUUUUUUUUUUUUACAUCUUAAGAAAGUCUUUUGAUUAAAAAAACGUUUCAUUAAUGAGUAAUGAGUAAUGAGUAAUGCGUCUUUAUUGGUCACAUAUGCAUAUGCACAGUAAAAUUCUUUUCUUCGCAUACCCCAGCAUGUUAUGAAGUUGGGGUCAGAGCACAGGGUCAGCCAUGAUACAGCGCCCCUGGAGCAGAGAGGGUUAAGGGCCUUGCUCAAAGGCCCAACAGUGGCAGCUUGGCAGUGCUGGGGCUUGAACCCCCCAACCUUCCAUUCAGUAACCCAGAGCCUAAGCCACCACUGCCCCAAUUAUUAUCUUGCUGUAUAAUUUGAUUGUUAUAAUCACAUGCUAAUCAAUAUUUUCACUGGUAAAUCUAUUUAAUCUUUUUAUAUUAGCUUAUACCUUCAGAUACAGUAUAACAUUAUUACAUUUAUACAUAUUAUUACAUAUUAUUAAAUCUCUACAAUACAGUACAUUACACAGCAAUGA